UAACCUUUUGCGAGUUUGCUGUUGCCCACCACUGUGCAAAAUGAAGUUAACGUUGCUUUACCUAGCGUGCUGCAUUGCAGUGGGAAUAGCAGCUCCCGAGAGAGGCUUGUUUCUGAACCUGAAAAAUGGAGAGCUUUGCGUUGGAAGCUUUCAGUGUAAGAGUGGCUGCUGUCAACGAGAGACUGGAUUGAGUCUUGCAAGGUGUGCCAGUCAAGGUGCUGAAGGAAACACAUGCUCAAAUCAUCUCCUGUAUAAUGUUUAUUACAAGUGCCCCUGUGAAAAUGGUCUGAAAUGCGACGGUGAGAAAUCCAUCAUUGGUUCAAUAACAAACACUAACUUUGGUAUCUGCAAAGACCCAAACAGCAUUGCUUAAGAUUCACAAGCCAAACAAAAUGCACCGAAGUUGAUCUUUAC